AUUCGAAAGAGUCCGGAAGGUCAAGGUCAAAGAAGCCAAGAUGUCUGCGCCCAGGAUCCGAAGUGUCACCCCAAUUAUCGCUUGGAUUCGCGAUUUUUGCCUUCAACGAAAAUUCAACAUGUCUCAAAGAUUUGUGGGAGUAAAUACAUCCCCCAGAGAUCAGCCUGAUCCAACGAUCCCUGGUGGUGUUGCUCAUGAACUCUCUGCCAAUUACUACUACAGUCGAGAUGGUCGACGGAGUCACAAACCUCCAACCAUCCCCUACGAUGCUGGGCAGAAACGAAUAGCUUCAGGGGAAGGAGCUGAGGCAAUUGAAAGUAGUCCCAAACUUCCAGGCUUUGGUUAUGAUGGUGGACAGUUCUAUAAAUAAACUACUUGAGACAAUAGACAAUUUAGUGUAGGAGGACAGAAAAGCUAAGCUAACAUAUUCCAUCGUCAUUUGUUUUCAUUUGAGAUGUUUGUACCAAGUCAGUGUGGGUUUGAGGUCAAAACUCUUUGAACACAGAAGACAAAUUUUUCAACUUUUUUGAAGUUCAGUCAAAAAAAACUUAUGCAUGCUAGAGACUCAGCUACAGAGUCACAACCUGACCUGAGUAUAGAGUGAAAAAGAAAUGGCAUAACUUUUCGUUAUACAUUACAUCUCCACUGUAUCGGGACAAAUACCCAUGAAAAACAUUUGAAGAAAGUGUGUUGGACUCCUAACGGCUACUGUGUGCCGUGUACAGAUGUGAAGUUCUCGCUGUAUAGUUUGUAUUUAAAUGAUGUGAUCAGAUAAUAUUUGAAUUAUUGAAAUAA